AUGGCGGAAACCUCACCUGAUCCAGAUGCAGGAACGUCCGCUGACGCCAGUUCCUCCGUUGCUGCCUCAUCUGCAGCCUCUUCAGCUGUAGUCUCGCCUUCCGAAGGUACCACUUCACCACCUGCUCAAUCCAGUACUUCCUCCGCUCCUCCAGCCGAAUCUUCCUCAACUUCAUCCAGCCAACCCGCCGAAUCUUCCACGUCAAGUGAAGGAGGGGCUUCUUCUGCCAAUCCAUCUUCUUCCCAGGGGACUACUUCCUCAGCACCUGGAGCAUCGUCUUCGGCCAGUCCGUCUUCAGGAGAAGGUAGUGCGUCUGCAUCUGGUAGUGCCAGUGUGACGGCUGCACCAGGAAGUUCAAGUGGAGCGAGUGGCUCGGCUGCUUCUGCUUCUGCUACGUCCGUUCCAGUAGGAUCACAAUCUGUAUCAGGUGGUUCAACGGUGGUUUAUGUAACCGUCACGGAUGCCAAUGGUUCAGUAGUGGUCACACCAACAGCCACUGUAGGUGCUGGUUCAUCAAGUGGUGGUGGAAGUAACACCGGUGCGAUUGUUGGUGGUGUAGUCGGAGGUGUUGUCGGUCUCGCUCUUAUCGGUAUCCUGUUAUGGUUCUUGUUGAAGAGACGAAGAUCCAAUAGGGAUGAAUUUGACGAUAUGAUGUUUGAUCCCGGACGACCAGAACAUCAAGCACCCAUCGACCUUGGUCAAGAGGGUAACGAUCCAACUGUCGAACCUUACUACACACCGGGAGUAGCCUCUACCACCCAAUCACCCGAAAUGGCACAAUACCCCAGGUCGGCAGUGACAAGCUCUGACGGUGGGUAUGGCGCUCAAGAUCUCUCUAGAGGCCCAUCAACAGGGACUUCAGCUGGAUUUGCUGGACGAGGCGCAGGUGGAUACGACAUGCAGAAUUUGGCUACCAUGCCUAUGCCUACUGCUCAUCCUACCGGUAUUGCCCCUCAUCCUGAAAUCGGAGCUGGGGCUGGUGCUGCUGCAGGUGGAUUGGCAGCUGGAGGAAUGUCAGCGAAACAACGAGAAGCGUAUCAAGAAUCUCAGAGGUUCAGAGUACAGAACCAAGGUGGAUAUGGAGGACCAGCUGCUGGACCGGGACCUGCGGGAGCGAGUGGAUCCAAUCAACUGGCACCGCCGAUGAGUCCAACAGAGACUUCCACUUCAGAUCAAGUCACGGUUCACCAAGAUGGUGGAAGAGUUCAGGAUGAGGAGGAACCUUCUUAUGGAGCUGAGAUACCACCUACGUACGAUUCAAUUGGUAGAAGAGAGUAG